AGAAAGAUGGCGGCCACAGGGGUGCUGCCGUUUGUCCGAGGUGUAGAUUUUUCAAGAAAUGACUUCAACGUAAUAAAGUUUCCACACAAUGUGGAGGAUAUGACAAGUCUAAGAUGGCUGAGACUGGCCAGAACCCAAAUCACAGAGGUCCCCAAAGAAGUGGAGAAACUCAAGAAACUGGAAGAUCUCAUGCUGGCCCAUAACAACAUUGAGAGACUGGGGGCUGGAAUGACCAACCUCAAGUCUCUCAGUAAGCUUAACUGUCGACACAACCAGAUCACCAAUGAUGGAGUUCCACAAGGCCUGUUCAACCUGCAGGAUCUGUCUGUUGUGGACUUGAGUCACAACAAACUAAAAGAGGUUCCACCGGAUCUAGAGAACGCAAAAUCUGUGCUUGUUCUGAAUCUCGCACAUAAUGAGAUUGAGAUGUUGCCCAAUCAACUGUUUAUCAAUUUGUUGGAUUUAUUCUUUGUUGAUCUUAGUGACAAUGUAUUGGAGACACUGCCACCACAGCUGAGACGACUCACCAGCCUCCAGACACUUAUCCUGAACAACAAUCCACUCAUACAUGCCCAGCUCAGACAGUUGCCGGCACUAACAUCCCUUCAGACAUUGCACAUGAAAAACACACAGAGGACUCUAGCAAAUUUCCCUACAGGACUGGAUGCACUCACCAACCUACAAGAUAUUGACUUGUCCUACAAUGAUCUGCCUCGAGUGCCUGAAGCUCUGUAUAAACUCAGCUCCCUUCGACGCCUCAAUUUGUGCAACAACCAGAUCUCUGAGCUGUCCCUAAUGAUAGAUGUUUGGACAAAACUGGAGACACUGAAUCUUUCCAGAAAUCAACUGAUUGCAAUGCCAACAUCUCUUCACAAGCUUGUGUCACUGCGAAAACUGUAUGUGAACAGUAACCAACUUGACUUUGAUGGAAUUCCCCCUAAUGUUGGUAAACUACACGACCUGGAAAUAUUCAGUGCAGCUGACAACAACCUGGAGAUGAUACCUGAGGGUUUGUGCAGAUGUGGCAAGUUAAAGAAGUUGAUCCUGAACAAGAAUCGACUCAUUACACUUCCAGAUAUACUACAUUUACUUCCUGAACUCGAGACUUUAGAUGUGAGAGAAAAUCCUGACCUAGUGAUGCCACCCAAGCCAGCAGAACUGCGGAAGGCUGCUGAAUAUUACAAUAUUGACUUUUCCCUCAACAACCAGCUGCGACUGGCCGGGGCGGCACCACAGCCGGCAGCUGGAGAACAGUCCACUCCGCACAAGGACCCAAUAGCAAGGAAACUGAGGUUACGGCGGCGGCGGGAUGGUCAGGAGAGUGAGAAGGUGUUGAAGGGAAUGAGGGAGGUUGCCAAGGAGAAAGCUGCCCAUGAAAAUUCAAAGGAUGAAAUAGAGAGAGAACCUGUCAAGUAUUGCGUAUAUGGUCCCGAUGGACCCAAGAGAUGGGAUGAACACCUCACCAGGCCUCAAUUGGACUACAGGGAAAUAUUUGAUGAAGCUGUUGGACAGAUCCCAGGUUUAACAAGCUGGGAGAUAGAAAACUUUCUGCCCAACAUUGUGGAGGAAGCCCUGGUAGGGAAGUUCUAUGAGGCAGACUGUUACAUUGUCCUGAAGACAUUUAUUGAUGAAACUAACAGCCUAGACUGGCAGAUAUGGUACUGGAUUGGAGAAAAAGCAACGUUGGACAAGAAAGCCUGUGCUGCCAUUCAUGCUGUGAACCUGAGGAAUCUGCUUGGUGCCAACUGUCGCACAAUACGUGUUGAAAUGAAUGAUGAAGAUGACGACUUCUUUGAUCUGUUUGAAAAUGGUAUUGCCUACAUCGAGGGUGGCCGAACAGCUAGUGGUUUCUUUACAGUAGAAGACACUGAGUAUGAGACGAAGUUGUACAAAGCCACAGGGACACAGUCUGUUCACAUGGAGAGGUGCCCUGCCAAUGUAAGCAGCCUGGACUAUCGCCAUGUCUUCCUGCUGGACACUGGACUUAAGCUGUUUGUGUGGGUGGGCAAAACUUCCAAAGGUGUGACAAAAACAAAAACCAGGUUGAUAUCCGAGAAGAUCAACAAAAAUGAGCGUAAGAACAAGGCUGAGAUCUUCGUCCUGCCCCAGGGUCAGGAGACAGCUGAGUUCUGGAGACUUGUGGGUGGUCCACCUCCCUCUCUAGUGGUGAAGGAAAGUGAACAGUCUGGUUUUGGCUUGAUAGAACCGCGUUUAUACAGGGUAGAACUUGGGAAAGGCUACCUCAACUUGCCUCAAGUUGAGAUUCCCAAGGCAAAGUUGGUGCAGAGAUUACUAGACACAAAAUGUGUGUAUAUCCUCGACUGCAACUCCGAUGUGUUUGUCUGGAUAGGCAAGAAAUCCACCAGACUGAUUCGAGCAGCAGCACUGAAGCUUUCUCAGGAACUCUAUUCAAUGAUGGAAAGGCCAAAGUAUGCCAGUGUUUCUCGCUGUUUGGAAGGUGGAGAGCAGCAGAUCUUCAAGACUAAGUUCGUAGGCUGGGAUGAUGUGCUACCUGUUGACUAUACCCGAACUGCAGAGUCUGUCAUUCGCAGAGGAGCUGAUCUUAAGGUGAUCAUGGAGCGUGACAAGAUGAAGACGGAUCUGUCAGCGCUCUUCAUGCCCAGGCAGCCAGGCAUGUCUGCUGAUGAAGCUGAGACGCUGGCUUCCGAGUGGAAUGAGGAUCUGGAUGGCAUGGAGUCUUUUGUGUUGGAAGGCAAGAAGUUUGUGCGUCUCCCAGAGGAGGAACUAGGUGUAUUCUACAGUGAUGACAGCUAUGUGUUCCUGUGUCGGUACUGGGUACCGGUUGACUUGCCAGAAGGUGAGGAGGAAGAUGAGGAUCCACCAGAGGAUGAAUACAAGUGUAUUGUGUACUUCUGGCAGGGCCGGACUGCCUCCAACAUGGGCUGGCUCACCUUCACCUUCAGUUUGCAGAAGAAGUUUGCAGCUCUGUUUCAGGACAAGUUGGAGGUGGUACGACAACAUCAGCAACAAGAGAAUCUUAAGUUUCUAUCCCACUUUAAACGCAAGUUUGUGAUCCGCACCGGCAAACGGCCAAUGAGAACACCCAACACUGAAACAGUGAAACCAUCUACUGAGUUCUUCCAGCUGAGAGCCAAUGGCAGUCCUAUCGCUACUAGAUGUGUACAGAUUGCACCAGCCUCAGCAUCUCUUCUUAAUUCCUGUUUUUGCUACAUUUUAAUGGUGCCCUUUGAUAGUGAGGACAUGCAUGGCAUUGUGUACGUGUGGGUUGGGAUGAAGGCAGACCACGAUGAGGCCAAGCUGGCAGAGCAAAUUGCCUACAUGAUGUACAAGGAUGAGUACACCAUCCAGAUGAUCAAUGAGGGCGAGGAGCCAGAGAACUUCUUCUGGGUCGGCAUCGGAGGGCAACGACCAUAUGAUCAUGACUCCGAGUUCAUGAAGUACUGUCGUCUGUUCCGAUGCUCCAAUGAGAAGGGUUACUUCACUGUAUCAGAGAAAUGUGCAGACUUCUGCCAGGAUGACCUGGCCGAUGAUGAUGUCAUGAUUCUGGAUAACGGAGAGCAAGUCUUCCUCUGGGUCGGCAAGAAGACUAGUGAUGUGGAGAUCAAACUAGCAUUUAAAAGUGCACAGGUUUACAUCCAACACAUCCGGAUUAAGCAGCCAGAGCGUCCUCGCAAACUUUUGCUGGCCAUGAAGUACAAGGAACACAAGAGGUUCACCAAGUGUUUCCAUGGCUGGGGCAAGUACAAGGAGGUGCUCAAGUGAUGGUGCCCACAACAAGCCACAGACUGUGCAAUAUCUGUUUAAGGUGGGGAAGAGGUGAUGACAUGGGGAGGGGGUGGACCAACAUCUCAUUUUAAUAUAUGUUUGAUAUAUGUGGAUGGGUUAGGAGAAUAGAUGAAGAUGAGAUCAUAGAUCAACCACUCUGGUGAUUCUGGGAAUCUGGCUAUCAGAUGGUGUUGGAGAGGCAUGUGCAGACUGACUGGCUACCAGAUGUUGUUGGAGAGGCAUGAGCAGACUGACUGGCUACCAGAUGUUGUUGGAGAGGCAUGAGCAGACUGACUGGCUACCAGAUGUUGUUGGAGAGGCAUGAGCAGACUGACUGGCUACCAGAUGUUGUUGGAGAGGCAUGAGCAGACUGACUGGCUACCAGAUGUUGUUGGAGAGGCAUGAGCAGACUGACUGGCUACCAGAUGUUGUUGGAGAGGCAUGAGCAGACUGACUGGCUACCAGAUGUUGUUGGAGAGGCAUGUGUUGACUGACUGGCUACCAGAUAGUGUAGAAGAGGCUACAACAUGAUGUGGAUCAGUUGCAGUGUCUCAGGAAGAAUCUCAAGUGAAUCAAUUCCAUCAGGACAGAAGCUGAAAAGGUGUUUUGGGCUAUAUUAUUACUGUCAGAAGUAAUUCAGAUUUUGGUAUCUUUGACUUGUGUUUGGAGUUUAUGUUUGCUUUCAAUCAGAAUCAAAAUACUUUUUGUGCUCAUUAGGUAUACAAAUGCUGUCACCCAGUCAUUUAAAUAUUGUUCAACUCAGCAGUCAAAUCAAAGGAAUAUAGCACAGCAUCAUGUUGAUCCUUUGUAGUCUGGAGGAGAUAAUAGUCAAUUGUUACGAAUAAAGAAUGAAUGUUACAAUUACAAAUCAUUGUUUACAUGCAAACAAUGAAUUAAAAAUACUAAACGAUACCAAUGAACAAUUCGCAAACAAAAGAUGUCAUAUGUGAAGAAAGAACAAUGUGUAUGAAAAAACUAAACACUAAACUGCUAAAGGACAAUUUUGAAAGAACGCCAGAUGGUGCUGCAAUUUGUAAAACAUUUCGAGUAUUUUGAUUGUAUGUAUGUAAUAGCCUUUGUUUGUAACAUUCAUCCUUUAUUUGUAAUAUUUGACUAUUAUUGCAUACUUUUGUCAUUUAUUUCAACUUUGUAUUUUUUGACCGAAUGGUCGCCCAAAGGAUGUAAUAUCUUCAACGUACAUAUGUUUGUCCAUAGGAGACACUAGGAACACAGGCCUUCUCCUUUUGUGACUGAAACAUGCUAUCAGUGUCAUGGAGAUGAAUAUAACAUCAUUAUCAAUAGCCACUGGUUGAAGAAAAGUACUUAUUAUGGCCAUUUUCUUUUCAGUUUUGCAGAUUCCAUUAUUCACAUUACUACUAUACAUUCAUAUACAUGUAGAAGCAUUAAGUAUAUCUAACAUUGUUAUGGACAAGUCAGCUGUAUUUCCUAUGUUUAAUUAUCAUUCCUGCACUCACGUUCCUUUUGGUAACUGGGGCGGUCGGGUAGCCUAGUGGUUAAAGCGUUCGCUCGUCAUGCCGAAGACCGGGGUUCGAUUCCCGACAUGGGUACAAUGUGUGAAGCCCAUUUCUGGUGUCCCCCGCCUUGAUAUUGCUGGAAUAUUGCUAAAAACGGCGUAAAACCAUACUCACUCACUCACUCACUCACUCCUUUUGGUAAUUGAAGUCAAUUUCUGUUUUCUGCCAAAUGGAUGUCUGUGUGGAGUUGUGUACCCAGGUAUUGGAGUGCCAGAGUGGUCGGACUCGCCCCCUUGUAUAGCUGAUCAGUGAUAUCAGCCCCAACGCUGCAUGGUGUGGGAGAUGUCAGUGUCUGGUCCUGGUGCUUCAGGGAUUGCUGCUGUAGGUGAUAACAUGUGGCAGACAACACUGUUAUAAACAUACUGCUACUUUGUAUUCUAUAUGCUUAAACAAUAUAGGAACUAAUACUGACACCACUAUUUGUGUCUUUACCCUUAUGGCCUACACAGGACAUGAUGACUAUCCCACUAGACAACAGCUGAGUGGGACAACAGUCAUUUCCAGUGUGGUGUGUUACAAUAUCCUGCUUCCCAUGUGACAAUGUAUAUUUCCUGUAUUUAUCUGUAAGACAUUCCCUGUUAGUUACUCCUCUCUGUCUUGGCAUCUUGCAGCAAGUAAGUUUGUAUCUAAGAGAGAAUGGUGUGUUGUAUGGGAGUUAUAAAGACUUUGGUGUUCCAUCAAUGUGUAUGUUUAGUGACUUGCUUCUGGAAUGUUUACAAGCUCAUAAAAAUAUGUCCUAUUUAUGUUGAUA